UUCUCAUUCUCUCCUACUCCUUUAUUAACAGCCCAUUUAUUAUUCUCCCAAUCCUUCAUCACAUUAUUCAUUUUCAUUCUCUAUCACCUGAUAUUCAUCAGUUAUCUCUUGAAAACAAACAACAAUCAUGUCUGAAUCAUCCACAAUCGAAAUUGAUUUCUUCUCGAAAAAAGCUUCUGAUCGUCGAGAUAUACAAGGAAUGAUAUCGAAAAUCAACCCGGAGCUUCUGAAAACCGCGAUUGCUUCAGCAUCUGCUAACAGUUUUGUGGCGAAUACCGCGUUUUCGUCUUCUCUGCAACUUCAAACUCCUUGUAAUCAGGACUGUGGAGUUGUUAAUAUGCCGGUGACUGUCGCUCCGAUGACUAUCUUCUACAACGGAACCGUUUCGGUUUUUGACGUUACAAGUAAUCAGGCUGAGAAUAUUAUGAAGCUUGCUGAGAGUGUGAAUUCAGUUUCUAGAAAUGUUGUUGAAUCAACACGAGUUAUUAGUAAUGAUCUACCAAUGUCGAGGAAGAGAUCGUUGCGGAUGUUUUUGGAGAAGCGUAAAGAAAGGCACGUAGCAAUGUCUCCAUACGCGUGUUCACAAGGAAGCACAUCUUAGCAUUUUCAGUAAUACGAGACACAAAAAAGGGAAAUGGGUAGAAGAAAUAUUGAUAUAAUCAAAGACUUUUGAUUUAAGAAUGUUGUUAUUAUACUUUUGGUUUUGUUUUAUGGGGUAUUAGUGGAGUUAGGCCAGUCACAGAAUUGUUUUUUUAUGUUUAUUUUAUAGUAGGUCGAUAUAUGAUCACCAUGUUAUUAUUUUGUUUAUUAUUCAAAGGUAACCUAAUUUGACCAGUUUAUAUUUAAUUCAA